CGCAACCUGCCUCUCGCGAGCCAUGGUCGCACCUGCGCGCCCCUCUCGAGCGCCGGCUCUGGCGUCAACCUCGGCCUCGACCUCGUCGACCUCAUCAUCGCCUUCGCAGCCUGCCCUCGUCCCUCGUCCUCCGCCCAUGCUGCGCGCGCCAGCCCAGCAGCAGCAUGCUCAACCUGCCCGCAACGCGCGAGGCUACACGCCGCCGUCGCAGCUCGCCGCCGCCGGUGCCGCGCUCCCUCCCCCUCCUCGUCCCGGCCCUCUCGUUCGCCCACCGCCAGCACGCCAAGGCCAGCCGGCGAGCCACCGCAACUUUGACAAGAGCUCGGCCGGUGGCGCAGUGAGCCACGUCGGCUACGCGGCGGGCGUCCCGGACACGGCGGCCAAGCACGGCGAGGGGAAAGGUGGACUGAGCGGUCAGCAGGCGAGGAAGAGGCAGCGGUGGGGCGACAGCUACGUGCCGGCCGAGGAGACCAUUCGCAACGACUACUCGGGCCAGUACGUCCAGACGGGCGCCCGGCCGCAGAACCACCUCCGCAACACGGACGUCGAGACCCGCUUCAACGAGUACCCCAAGCUCGCGACGCUCCUUGCCCACAAGCACGCCCUCACCUCGUCGACCAAGCACUCGAUCCCGCCGACCUACCUCAACCUCCUCGCCCCGACCUCUAGCUCUGACGACUCGCCCUCCCAGCCGGCGCCGUCACCCACCUCGGUCGCGCUCUCGUCCCUCGUCUCGACUCGCUUCGACUGUAUCCUUCUCACGCCGCCGUCGUCGGUCACGUACGACGAGCUCGCCGCCCUCGACCUCCCGUCGCGCGCGUCCACCCCGUCGUUCGUCUGGCUCUGGGUCGGGUCGGGCCAAGCGGGACUCGGCGGCGUCGACGGCGGCGGCAUCGGGCUCGAGCAGGGUCGCGAGCUCCUCGUGAGCUGGGGCUACCGGCGCUGCGAGGACAUCGUGUGGCUCAAGACGAACCGGCGCGACCCCGAGUCGGAGCUCGUCAAGGAG